CAUCUAAUUAUCGUUAUUACAAAACACGAAGACUAUUAUAAUAAAAAUACAAAGCAUGGUGAAGAAAAAAGAUAGUCAGCCUGUUGCUUCUACAGAAUCACCCGAUCAGACUGAACCUAGCCAAAACAAAUCGAAAAAAUCUAAAGCUAGUAAAUCAAAAAAAUCCAGUAAAUUAGAAUCACUGAAACAAGCUAUUGAUGACGAAGCUGAGGAGGAGACUCAAGAAGUGGAGAAUACGGAUUCUGAACAGAAAAAAACAGGAGCAAGAAAACAAAGAGGUAAGAAGGCUGUCACAACAAAAAAAGUUACUGAACAGUUGGAAGAACUGGAUGUAGGUGAUACUGAACAAAGGUUUGAUUAUGACAGUGAGGAGGAAAAGGAGAAGGAAAAUAACAUAUGUGAAGGAAGUGAAACACAGCAAGAUAAAGGACCAGCAAUGUCACGAAAGGAAAAGAAGAAGGCAGCUAAGCAGGCAAAAUACCUUGCUGAAUCAGCCGAGAUGGAGGGCUCACAAUUUUCACUAUCGCAACAAGAGCAAACAGCUAAAGGUGCAUUACUUGAAAAUGCCACAGAUGUAAAGAUUGAAAAAUUUAGUAUUGCUGCUCGUGGAAAGGAUUUAUUUGUUAACGCAGCACUGACUAUUUCUCAAGGCAGACGCUAUGGUUUGGUUGGACCAAAUGGUAUGGGAAAGACAACAUUAUUGGUUCACAUUGCUAGACGGCAACUUGCGAUACCACCAAAUAUCGAUGUUCUAUUGUGUGAACAAGAUAUACAAGUCGAUGAAACUCCAGCUGUAGAAAUGGUUUUAAAAGCAGACAAAAAGAGAAUAUCCUUACUUCAAGAGGAAAAACAUCUUUUAACAGCAAUUGAUUCCAAAGAUGAAAAAGAAAGUGAUGCAGCAAAUAAAAGAUUAAAAGAGGUGUACGUGGAGCUAGAUGCAAUUGGAGCUGAUAAAGCAGAAGCAAGAGCAAGACGUAUUUUAUCGGGUUUAGGAUUUACAACGGAAAUGCAAACAAGACCAACUAAAAAUUUUUCUGGUGGAUGGAGAAUGAGAGUUUCACUAGCACGAGCAUUGUUUAUGGAACCAACUUUACUUUUACUUGAUGAACCAACCAACCAUUUAGACUUGAAUGCAGUUAUCUGGUUGGACAACUAUCUUCAGCAAUGGAAGAAGACAUUAUUGGUAGUAUCUCACGAUCAACAUUUCUUAGAUAACGUGUGCACAGAUAUUAUUCACCUAGAUCAACAAAAGUUAUUUUACUACAGAGGAAAUUAUUCUUCCUUUAAAAAAAUGUACAAACAGAAACUGCGUGAACACGAGAAAGCGUACGAAAAACAAGAGAAACAAAUCCGAGCAUUGAAAGCAUCUGGAAAAUCUGGAAAACAAGCUGAAGCUCAAGCCAAAGUGACUACGAGUAGAAAGAAAGAAAAGAACAUGUCGAAGCGUGAACAGGAAGAGACAUCAACUCAACAAGCUGAAUUACUACAACGACCAAAAGAAUACAAAGUAAAGUUUACGCUGAAAAAUCCCCCACCACUUAAUCCACCGAUCCUUGGAUUGAAGGAUGCUAAAUUUGGUUAUGAGGGCCAGCCGCUAUUGUUUACCAAAGUCGACUUUGGUUUAGAUAUGAAUUCAAGAGUUGCUAUUGUUGGUCCCAAUGGUGUGGGGAAGAGUACUUUUCUAAAAAUGUUGAUUGGGAAGAUGACACUGCUUGAUGGCGAAUCCAUAAAGAAUCCACGGCUGAGGAUUGGGUUCUAUAAUCAGCAUUCAGCAGAUCAGUUAACAUUAGAAGAAAGUCCUGUUGAAUAUCUACAGCGGUGUUUCAAUAUGGACUAUCAAAACUCUCGAAAAUUACUGGGUCGGUUUGGAUUGGCAGGGCAUGCGCACACGAUUAAAAUCAAAGACCUGUCAGGUGGACAAAAAUCUCGAGUUGCACUGGCAGAUAUGGCUUCUAGAGAACCUGAUAUUAUAAUACUGGACGAACCGACAAAUAAUUUGGAUAUCGAAUCCAUUGAUGCGCUUGCGGAUGCUAUAAACGAAUUCACUGGAGGUGUAGUCAUUGUUAGUCACGAUGCAAGGUUAAUCCUUGAAACGAACUGUCAGUUGUGGGUAGUGGAGGAUAAGUCAAUUGAAGAAAUUGAUGGAGAUUUCGAAGAUUAUCGCAAAGAAUUACUAGAAGCCUUGGGUGAAUCUGUAGCUGCUCAUUCUUCGUAAAUAAAUUGUAUUUAGCUAAAAAA